CCUGGGCUUCUCCGGCAACCACGUGUGUUUAAGCUGGAGUUUUCCCUCUGAGCUGCUGCCACUGUUGUUGGUGAGAUUUUCCAGGUCUGGGCAGCGGAGGUUCUCCGGGUCCGCGAGGACGUCACCAUGCCUAAAGGCCUGAAGGGAAAAAUCGUAGGACGGGAAAAAAAGGUCAUCCAUCCAUAUAGUAGAAAAGCAGCUCAGAUUACAAGAGAGGCCCACAAACAAGAAAAAAAGGAAAAAUUGAAGAAUGAAAAGGCAUUGCGUCUCAACCUUAUUGGAGAAAAACUACAGUGGUUUCAAAGUCAUCUUGAUCCCAAAAAAGCAAGAUAUUCAAAGAAGGAUGCUUGUAAAUUAAUUGAAAGGUAUUUAAAUCGAUUCAGCAGUGAACUAGAGCAGAUUGAACUACAUAACAGCAUCAGAGACAGGCAGGGAAGGCGGCACUGUUCCCGGGAGACCGUCGUCAAGCAGACGAUGGAGCGUGAGCGGCAGCAGUAUGAAGGAUAUGGCCUGGAGAUUCCAGACAUUGUAAAUGCAGGCAAUCUGAAAACUUUUAGGGAGUGGGAUUGUGAUCUGAAGAAAUUGCCAACCAUCAAAAUGAGAAAAAUUUGUGCUAAUGAUGCAGUUCCCAAGAAAAGCAAGAAGAAAACUAUGAUAACCGUAGACGAAGAUUUAGGGGAAUUGGAGCUAAAAGAUGACUCCAGUGACUCAGAUGAGGAGAUGACUGCAGUGGCCUAAUUGUCCUUUAUUUCAGUUGAAAGUAAAUAAUAUGAGAGCGUUAAGUUAUAUUUGAACUUAUUAUGGUAAAUAACUGUCUCGAUACAAGAAUUUGCUAUGUAGCUUUUCUUUUAUGAUGAAAAUCCCAUAUGCAGCUUGAAAAAGUGUUCUGAAAGUGUUGUUUUUCAUUUACAUUAAGUUGCUUUAUAAAAAAGAUACAGUGAAGUAAAAUAAAAGCACAAUCUAACAUCCAUUUAACCUGAAUUUUCUGGGCAUAGGGAAUGAUCUGAAAAAGGAAAAAGAAAUGUUUUAAUUUUUUUCACGUUCAUCUCAGAUCACCAAGUCUCACAUUGUGCGGUAUGUACAGCAGCGCGUUUUCUGGAAGGGUCCUGUGCACACUGCUUGAGCAGUGGGGAAAGCAGAAUUGUCUUUCAGUAAUAGUAUUUCUCUAAGCUUCCUCUUAAACUUACUUUCUUUCCUUGUAAGAUAGGGAAACUGUGGUAUGGAAAAAAUACACACUAAUGGAUUGUAUGUUAUUUUUAUCUGUGAGUCAGAGUUCAAUGGUAAAGAAAUGGUGACUAUUUUCAUGAUGUUAGUCUCCCACACUUAAUUUUUAUCUUUUGAUAAAUGGUUGAAGGUUAGCUCUUUUUGUUUGUGUAUUUUCUGCUUUCUCAGGAAAAAUGAUAGGUUUUAUCUUUGGAAACAAGUAAAGAUCAAAGAAACACUGAUUGCAACUGUGUAUUUAUUCUUCUAAGAGAUACAGUAAAUGACAUAAUAUAGCUCCAUUUUUCAAGUAUCAUGAAAAACGUGAAUGUGUUAGAGUGUUGUUUUUUAUAGAACUUGUUAAAUGCAAUUAUCUUUUAGGCUAUUUUCUAAUGGAUACAAUGCAAGUGUAUUUGAAUAUUUUCAAGAAAGUAAAUGUAAAACAAUGCUAUAAGAGAUUAACUAGAUAUCAACUAAGUCUUGUUAACAAUUUAUUUAAAAUGUUAUAGCCUUUUUUACUAUUAAAGAUUAAAAAUAAAAUUUA